AUGUCUACGCUGUUUACCAAAGAUGAUGGAUCUUCUAUGAUUAUUGCUGUUUCAAAACUAUUGGAAGCCACACCGGGAUUCCAGUCAAGCAUGGAGGCUCAUAGUGCAAGGAUACUGUUCAUAGAAUUGAGGGAAUUUGAUUUACAUCAACACGACUUGUAUAUUGUCCCUGAAGAAACCAAAAAAGCCCUCAUUCAUCGGGAGUUAAAUCGUGUUUUGAAUUCAAAAUAUGCUAUACUAAGACGAAUUGUAAAAGUUUCCUGGCUUUCUAAUUGCAUUGAACAACAAAAGCUGUUGCAGGUCGAUGCUUUUCGAGUUUUUACAAGUAUGGAGCCACAAUAUAUUGAGCAGCCAUCACGAAGAAGAGAAUAUUUUAGUCUUGAAGAUGAAAAGUUAUUAGUGGACUAUGUUCAUAAAGCCAAUGUUCCCAAUUCGGGACUUAAUAUGUAUAAAGAAUUAGCUCGCAAGUAUCCCCAACAUACUGCAGAGUCUUGGCGAGAGCACUAUAAAAUUAUUAAGAAAGUCCUUCCUCCAAUUGAAGAUGGUAAUCUCACGGGUCCUCAAAGCCGAACUGUUAGAAUUGUUCCCUCUCAAUCGAUAAAAAAGGUUUCUUCGGGAUUUCCUGACCCAGAAGUACAAAGCACGCCCACGAAGACACCACAUAUACAUCAUUAUCCUUUUCCUCUGCAACAUCGUGUACCUUCGAAAAAAAGAUCAUAUUAUCCACUAGAAGGCACAACACCAUCUUCCUCUAACAAGCGGGUAUCUUCUUCCCUAAGCUAUACUAAAACUGAUUUGAAACUCUUGGAGUAUUAUCUUUUUUCUUAUGGUAAGGAAAAAAGCUUAGACGAUAUUUGUUGGAUCUUAAACGAAAGUUAUUCCAAUAUACAUGCUUUUAUUGAUUGGAAGUUACUUUACAAAUAUUUUUACCCACACCUGAAUUUUGAGAGCCCAGCUCCUGCAUUGGCUCAUCUAGAAUCAAAAACUCAAGGUGUAUCUUUGGAGAAUUUAGAUGUCGAUGACCAAAUGAUAGAAGAAAAAUUUCUUGAUCAUGCUUCUUUCACUUCAGAUACAAUAUCAAUUCAAGAAGCUAUCUCUCCAAAGUCUUUGAAAAAGCCAAAUUUGACCAACUUCCAAAUUCCGAGAGCGCGAACGGUUGAUCAACCCACUAAAAAUUCCGGUGAUUUCUCUAGCUUUCUGGAGUCUCCUUCCAUACCUAUGUCGGUCCAAGAAUCUCCUUCCAGGAUACUAGAAACACCCAUAAAGAAACCCCUUUCUUCCUUCCCAAAAUCCUAUGGUAAAUUGUUUAAUGAACAAGGUAUUAUCUCUCGAGUUUCUACGAAUUCGCCAACCUCAAGCAAUACGUUUCCAGCCGAAUUGUCUAGUACUUUGAGAGAAGGAAAUGUUUUCGUUCGUCCAAAUGAAGAUUUGGCAAUCCCCCCUCUAGACCUAAAUAGUGAUUCAGAAAGCAUUCCAUAUGCUGAUUCAGAGGUAGAUGAUGACGCCGAAUUUGAAAAGCAAGUUAUGACUACUUAUAGCUCUUCUCCUGUCAAAGCUGAAACAAAAAAAGUCAACGAUAAUAGAGCCGCAUAUCGAGAAGCAACCCCGGUCAGUUCACCUCAUACUUCAGACUCACGCUCGUUCGUUGACCGAUCUAGCACUCCUCCUGAAAGCCCUGCAGGAGGUAAUCAAGAUGGUGAAACCUCGAAUAAUCUCUUACUAGACCGCAAUCGUUAUAAAAAAUUAGAUCAUGGACCCGCCAGUCAUUCAAAAAGUUCAGCAGGUGAUUACGAUACGACAAAAGAUGCUACUUUUUCUAAUGAAAGAGGUAAUUCCUCCUUCUCUUCACUUUCUUCACUAAGAAAUACGAGUCUUUUUAGUGCGGAAUCGCCAAACUUAUCACCGACGAAAAUAUCACCUCUUCGGCACGAAAAAAAGUCUUUUUCAGAUGUUUUGCGAGAAUUACAUGAUUACUUGGUAACGAUAGAGUCUUCUUCAGACAAAAAAGAGAUCGACGAAGCUAUAGACAUGAUAUUACAAUACACGCAAUCCAGUGAGCAGCAAUUCCUUGAUGUACUUGAAUCCACCGAAGGCAAUAUUAGUGCAGCUAUUGCUAGAUUAUUAAUAUGGUCUUGA